AUGUCAACAAAUCAUACUAAUAAAAAUGGUACAUCAUCAGAUAUAAAUAUAUCACUUAUUAAAAUUGAUUCAUUAUUAAUUCAAUCAUCAAAAGAUGGGCUAAAACAAAAUUGUCUUAUUGUAUUAGGUUGUGCAGCUAAUAUUUUAUCAGCAAUUGCUAUUAUAUUUCUUAAUAAAUAUAUAUUUUCUCAUUGUCAUAUACAAACAAUGACAUUAACUGCUAUACAAAUGAUAUUUACAUCAUUUGGUCUUAUAAUAUGUUUACAAAUGAAUACAUUUGUACGUAAAACAAUAUCAAUCAAACAAAUUUUACCAUUAUCAAUAGCAUUUUGUGCAUUUGUUGUAUUUACAAAUUUAUCAUUAGAAUAUAAUACAAUAGGAACAUAUCAAUUAUUUAAAGUUUUAACAACACCUGUAGUUGUAUUAAUAUCAUGGCAAUUUUACGAAACAAAAUAUUCAAAAAUGGUUAUAGUUACAUUAAUACCUGUCGUCGUUGGUGUAUCUAUACAUUCAGUUAAUGAUAUUCAAUUAACAUUAUUUGGUACAAUAAUAGCAACAAUUGGUUUUAUAUCAGCAUCACUUUAUCAAAUAUGGAUAAGUGAACGUUUAAAAGAAUUAAAAAUGAAUUCACAACAAUUACUUUAUUAUCAAGCACCAUUAUCAGCAUUAUUACUUCUACCAUUUAUAUUCUAUAUGGAAAAAUUUCCAGUAUAUAAAACAUCUGAAGAACAACGAAUAGCUAUACUAGCUGUUGUAGCUUCGGGUAUUGUUGCAUUUGUUGUUAAUUUAUCAGUUUAUUGGGUUAUUAAAAAUACAUCAGCAUUGACUUAUAAUAUGAUUGGUCAUAUGAAAACAAUUUCAAUUCUUCUUGGUAGUUUUACUUUAUUUGAUGAUUUUCUUAAUUUUAAACAAUUUAUUGGAAUGUUAUUAACAUUAU